GUGUAUACUUAAAUGACAUGUGUGGAGAUUGACAUUUAUAUGCGUGAUAAAAUGUGUUGCAAAAAAGUGAAUAAUAAUAAUAAAUUGGUGUAACAAGUAUUAAUUUCGCGAUUGUAUUGCAUAUUAUUAAUUUAUUUUGCAAUAUCGAAUAAAUUUAAAUGUUUUUUUAAUCGUCUUAUAAAUUAUUCAUAAUAAAGGUUAUGUUUGCUAAUAUCUUAUGUACUUUAAAUGAUUUCUCGAUUUUAUUUAUCGUGUGUCAAUGUUUUUUUAAUUUAACGUUUAAAACGUUUAAUUGUGUUAGUGAAAAAGAAAUGAAAUGAGGAACAUUAUUAUUAUUAUGUAAUAAACAUUUGUUAUUAAUAACGCAUUGAAAAUGGAAGAACAAAUUACAACUGUCGACUACGAUACCAGUAAAGAUGAAAAGUUUAGAGUAUAUGCCAGCAUUUCUUUUGCGGUGAUACUAUUAGGAAUAGGAGUACCAUUAUGGUGGUACAUGACAACUGUACCACGAGUGGCACUUCCUUACUCUGGAAUCGAUGAUUUAUCAAACCUAGAAAUUAGAAUCAAAAUGAAGAUCAUUGUUGCUGCUUUAACUGAUGAACGAGCAACAGCAUUAACUGAAGAAAUAAGAAGAACAUUCAAAGAUAGUGAGAUCUACGAUUUGGAAGUUGUAUAUCAAGUGGUAUCUAGCAAUCUUUUGGCAUUCGCAUUUGCCCAUAAUGAAUUAGAAAAAAUUGCUUCUACUUUUGACUUGGACGUAGGUAAUCUUUUACUCUUAGAAUCCCCAAAUCUUAAUGAUGCUGUACUCGUUGGUUCAAAAAGAACUAUAUACUUCUCAAUUGAAACAAGUAAUGCAAAAUUGGUACAAGUAUUGUCCGAAUGGAUCCUUCGUGAAAAAUCGUUAGAUCUUACUAAAAAUGCUCUUACAAAUCCAACUAAUUACAGUCUCGAUGAAGAAAAUAGACGAAGAUUUCCUGCUAGUUCAGCUUACGAUGUUUUGAUAACUUUGGUGAAUCCUGAUCCUGAAACACUACAAAUCAAUUGGGAUCUCCAGGCAAUGACCGAGGAGUACAUAGAGCCAUUCCUCGAUCAAUUAUCAAUGAUAAGCAAUUUUUCGGUGAAGUCACAGUGGUUAUAUUUCUUACCACUAAGCGUUAAUCUAAUAACUGUUCCCGACAGUAGCUGGAAAGGUAAACAUUAUGCUCUUGUGGAAGAUGUUUUACCACAUAUUGUAACACCAUUGGAAAAAAAAUUAGCAUCUCAAGUGAGUCUUCAUCCGUGCAUAAAUUUCGUAGCAUAUGUAGUUUCAUGUGAUAAUGCUCCUUUACACAUUUAUGCACGUAAUGGUCACAAAUCGAUGACUGACGGUGACGUAGAAGCAUUUCUAUCUCCAAGAUGGGGUGGUGUUGUGUUCACAAAUCCUCCAUCAGAAGCAUGCGAAGCUGCAGCAUAUGGUAACGUUACUACCAUCGUUCCCGAUGAAGCCACUAUCAUCGGUAUAUUUCUUGCACAACUAAGAUUACUUUUAGGCAUUCCAGAAAUGAAGCCUAUAAGCAGUGUAACUGUAGUACCACUGGUUGGAUUGAAAUCACGUGAUUGGGAAGUAGAUGCUUUGCUGCGAGUUCGUGCCAUGGAGCAAUUAACUUCUGCUAAAUUAACAUUGCAAUCGUUAGCUCAACUUCUCACAGAAAUCAAUCGUAUCGUUAUUACUGAUGUUGUAGGAAAUAGAAUAAAGAUUGCCCUAGAUUUGGUUGAACGUUCUGCCGAACUUCUUAAAAAUGGUGAUCUUAUGAAUGGUUUUAUGCUUAGCAAGGAUGCAUUUAUUACUGCCGAAGAAGCUUUCUCCGAUCCAACUUUGUUAGCACUUCUUUAUUUUCCAGAAGACCAAAAAUAUGCCGUAUAUACACCUUUAUUUUUACCAGCAAUGAUUCCCGUCUUGUUGUCUCUUAAAACUAUACAACAGUAUUACAGAGGUGGGAAAAACAACGUGAAAAAGGUAAUUAAUGAAAAUAAAACGAACGAAGAUUCAACACAAGAAUUAAAAGACGAGAAAUUAGAAUAAUAUAAAUAACUUAAUUUAAUACAUUGAGAUCUACAAGCAAUUUUUAUUUUCGAAAUAAAGUUAAAGUUAAAAG